CACUGAACGGGACUUUCCGGACCGGGGCAUUUUUGACAUACCGGAGACAAACUUUUUUUUGCAUCAGGAGACGAAAGAGACACCGUAUCCGUCCGCCCAAAAUGAAGCCUGUACCCCACGUCCUACUUCUUGCUACUGUCCUCCUAACUUUGCACGUGCCAUCCAGCGUCUGCCGACCGCGGGACCGGGGCAUGUUCACCGGCCACGACCACAAGAACCAGCUGGAUGAGGUGUUGCUGAGCGCGCGCGACAACGCAGUGUCCUACCUCAUCGGGGAGAAGCUGCUGAGGUCCCUGCAGAGAAACCCGCGACUGCAGAGAAGUCUCGUGCUCCCACAGUUUCCGUUCGAGGAUGCCGUGACUGCGAUGGGCUCGAGAGAUCUUGAUCAGCUGGCGCGCAGCUUGCAGCAGCCGUUGGCUGUCGACCGCGCGCCGGAGGAAGAGGGAAACAGUCUGGACGAGCUCAUGGGGCUGAACAAGAGGAACGACGAUCCUCCGAUCUCCAUCGAUCUCACUUUCCACCUGCUGAGAAAUAUGAUCGAGAUGGCGAGGAUCGAGAACCAAAAAGAGCAAGCAGAGUUGAACCGCAUAUAUCUAGAUGAAGUUGGAAAAUAAUGCGGCAAAGUUCGUUGAGAAAGGAGUAGACUAACAUGAUCUCAGAGUAUUCCUAACCCCAGGCC